AUGCCGUACAAAACAUUAUUUGAAUAUAAAUACGUAUUGACAGGAUAUGCUAAAGACAUGUUCCAUCAAUAUAGUGCUAAAGUUUGUUUGAAACAGUUGUUGAAGCAGGCCUCAAAGGGGGCUUCUACUAGAGCCAGUUUUAUUGUUUCAUUUCACCAGAUAACAAUGAGUAGUAGUAGUCAUUAUUUAGCUAAAGUGUUCAAUUUUUUUGAUCAUAUAUUGGAAAUCUUUGUAGUGCAGAAUUUAGAAAAAAGUGUAAUUUUCAAUUAUUUUUACUAUACUGCAUUUAUUUUGUUAGCAUUCCACUCGACUUUUACCUCUGAAGAUAUCUGGAAAUUAAUGUAA